CGCCACGCUGCGAGGGAGGAGGGCCGGGCUGGAGGCUCGGGGAGAGCCCUCCAGCCCCUUCCCCGCGCUCGGAAAAGCCCCUUUCGGUGGGAGGGCUGGAUCCGGAGCGCGUUCCUCCAAGCGACGGGGGGCGUCGCCCCCAAAUCGGGUUCCCCGUUGCCAGUUCCAGGUGUGUUGCUGAUCCGAGCACAUCUACUGUUAGUGUCACUCUCCGGUGUGAUUUACCCACUUUGGUUGCGUACCCUCGAGCCCAGCAUACGUGCACCCACACGUCCACGAUGGAGAUGCAGAAGAUUGGAGAAGAGGCGGGCACCGAGCACCUCAAUGGGACCAUACCUGACAGUGAAAAGGCUGCUGUGCUGGAGGAUGACUACGAGGCGGAAGAACAGGAGGAGUUCCUUCCUCACAUUGCCAGCAAGAAACUGAACCAGUUCAAUGAUCAAUUCGAAGGAAAGACGUCGUUUGGGAUGUCCGUCUUCAACCUGAGCAACGCCAUCAUGGGCAGCGGCAUUUUGGGAUUGGCCUACGCCAUGAGCACCACCGGGGUUGUCCUCUUCGUGGUGCUUCUGAUCAGCAUCGCUUUGCUGUCUGCUUAUUCCAUUCACCUGCUGCUGGAAUGUGCUGGAGUUGUGGGAAUCAGAGCUUAUGAACAGCUGGGACUCAGGGCAUUCGGCCCCGGGGGCAAAGUCGUUGCUGCUGUGAUCAUCUCAAUACACAACAUAGGAGCCAUGUCCAGUUACUUGUUCAUUGUUAAAUCUGAGCUGCCUCUUGUGAUUCAAACCUUCUUAGGACUAAAGGAGAACACCGGCGACUGGUUCAUGAACGGGAAUUUCUUGAUCAUCAUCGUCACCGUCUGUGUUAUCCUGCCCCUCGCUUUGAUGAAACAUUUGGGCUAUCUAGGUUACACCAGUGGACUUUCACUCAGUUGUAUGUUUUUCUUCCUUGUCUCGGUGAUCUACAAGAAGUUCCAGAUCUCCUGCUCCUUCAAUGGGACCCUCUACGAAGACUCCUCCAUCUACUAUAAUGGAUACAACACCACCGUUGCGCACAAAGAUGAUGUCUGCGCUGCCAAGAUCUUCACUACCAGCUCCGAGACGGCUUAUGCCAUCCCCAUUUUGGCAUUUGCCUUCGUCUGCCAUCCAGAGGUGCUUCCCAUAUACACCGAACUGCGCAGGGCCACCAAGCGUCGGAUGCAGAAUGUAGCAAACGUCUCCAUCCUGGCCAUGUUUAUCAUGUACUUGCUGACGGCCAUCUUUGGCUACCUCACCUUCUACGGUUAUGUGGAAGCUGAAAUGUUGCACACUUACAUCAAAGUAGACCCUCUUGAUCAGCUUAUCCUCUGUGUGCGGCUGGCUGUGCUGCUUGCGGUGACGCUCACGGUGCCCGUGGUUCUGUUCCCGAUCCGCAGGGCUGUUCAGCAGCUGCUUUUCCACAAGAAAGAUUUCAGCUGGCUUCGCCACGCCGUCAUUGCCACCUUCCUCCUUGUGUUGGUCAACCUCCUUGUCAUCUUUGUGCCCAACAUCAGGGACAUCUUUGGUGUCAUUGGUGCCACCUCAGCGCCCAGCCUCAUCUUUAUCCUUCCUGGCAUCUUCUACGUCCGAAUCGUCCCAAAUGAGAAAGAACCGGUGUUGUCCAAAUCUAAAAUCCAGGCCGCCUGUUUCGCCGCCCUAGGCUUCGUUUUCAUGAUAAUGAGCCUCAGUUUCAUCAUUGCUGACUGGGUUACGACAGGAAAGAGCAACGUAGGGGGGCACUAACCCCUUCCUGCCCCCCCAAGAGACGCAGUAGUUCCAACCGGGGAGGACCCUUCAGUGCCGGGAAGAAGACACCAUCGCCUCCUGUUGUUCCUUGCUCAUCUUGGAGAUGCCGCAUUUCUCCACUCGUCACUGAGGAAGAAGUAUUGAACAGCACCCUGUCUUGCCAUAGCAAUCGCUAAGUUGCUUGCAACAACACCGGGGCUUCUCUCGAGGCCUUUCUGGGCCCCGGUGGCCACGAAACAGGUUAUCAGAAGACAGACUUACCCCACUGCACGGAAAGCAGUGUAAUCUCUCCUCCUUGGUUGGCUUUGGUGCUAUGAUAACACAAUCAACCGACAAAUGCUUUCGGCCUCUGUGGUAACGGCAAGAGAGUUCCUCAUUUUCUCUCAUCCUCGGCAAUAUGAUACUGUUGUCACAUUGCUUGUCACAACAAAACUGUGUGGGUUUGUGUACAGUCAAGUGCCAUAGGACUGUCUCUCAACACUUGCUCUUUUUUUUUUUUUGCCAUUCGGGAAAGAAUCCCUGGCUGGUCCUACUUUUUUUGUUUUUGUAGUAACAGUGCCUGCCUGGCUGUCUUGAGGGCAGCCUGUCUUCUCCCUGUCAUUCAUCAUGGAAGCACAGCUCCACCCUUACUGUUACCAUGGCCUUAGCCUCUGCCCACUGGUCCUUACUUCCCCUGUCUGGUAUCAGAUAGGGGACCAUAAUACCAACUGUGCCUCAAGGGUACGAGCCCCCAACAUGGGGAAUGGCCUAAGACAACAGUGCCCUCUAGUGGACAAUCUAAUUUAUUGGUUAGUAUUUAAUUUGGACCUGGCUACCAGACCAAAGACUACAUCCUAAGGCCUACACAAUCCAUAUCAGGAUUCCUGGUUUUCUCUGACAGAGAAGAGGGUCUGGGGUGCGCAGAUAGGGGAGGGUGGGCAGGGUGUGAACAUGGGUUCUAUUCUCUGCCCUGGAAGGGGAAAUGGAUCUCGUAGAUUAUAGAAUGAAUUUUGGAAACAAGGGUUCUGUGGUGAUGGGAGGGAAAUGCAGAUGUCUUGGUGGAGGGACUUUUAUUUUGUCCUGUCCCAGAGCAAAGCUAGAUUUUUCCAGGGGCUACCCAGAAAAGUUUCCUUCUAGGUGCACUACAAUGCUGUCUGUUGGUCCCCCUUUGGCAUAGCUCCCUGGGAUGGUGUGGACAACUACUGAGAUGUUGCUUUGGAACCGGAGUUUCGACCAUUUUCUUCCAUGUAAUCCAUAGACUGAAACUUCUCAGUGUCUCUGGAUUCAGUCCUGGUUUAACUGUCAUGACUCUUGUUGCAAGACCAUUUGCAGUAUCUUAAAACUAAUCUUUUGGAUGA